AUGGCGGAGGAACAGGCCGCCCACCACUUGCUGAAUGUCGUCGAAGAGCGGGGGUUGAAGGUCGAUCUCGACAGGAUUCUCUUGGGAUUUGAAGAUGCGGAUACAAACCACCGAGCGGCGGCCUGGGUGGAGGAAUACCUGCACGAAGACACGCUGUUGACAAAGGAAGAGUUGGAGCUAUAUCAGACAUUGAAAAAGAAGGGUCUUGUGCAUCAGUAUGAGAGCGGGAGUGAGCCCACGAGGCCGAUUCUGGAUCACGAAAUCGCAUCCGCUAUCGAGUCGCUGCAGAGCUCGACGACUGCCAUUGAAGCGCAGUGCAAGGUGCUCGAAGCGCAAAAGGAUGCCUUGAUGAAACUCAAGGCUCUCGACAAGCCCAAUUUGAACGCGGAGCAUGCACGAAACGAGCGGAAGCGGAAAGAGGGUCAAGAGAAGGCGAGACUCGACGUUUCUGUGGACGACAUUGCUACCGCCAUCAGCGAGCAAAUGGCUGAUGCGCAGCGGGAAACCGACAUGGAAAAGUCUGCGCUGAAAAGCUAUGUGGCGGAGCGCUUUGCUUCAGACGACCAGAUCCUCAGCCGUCUCCCUGGCCUAGUGUCGCAGAUUGUGACGGAGCCAGAGGCCAGCGAGGACGAACAGUCGAUUGAACAGUGGUGCAAGGCUAUUGUUUCAUUCCGCACGGCUGAGAUGAAGGCGCGGGUGGACGCUGUGUACCUGGCCAACGUGUGUGGCGGCGCGCAACACGGCGGCUCGGGCGCGCAGGGCGAGACAGAGGCGCAGGCGCGCAAGGCGGCGUUGCAGGCGGAGCUGGAGGAGCUGCACGCCGAGAUUGCGUCUGUGACGGAGAUGGUGGUUGAGCACGAGAUGCGCAAGCCACUGGCGGACAUGAAGGGGCGCAGGGACCGAGAGCGGGCGCAGGCACGCACGGCAUGGCUGGCCUACGUCUUGUCAACGCUCGAAUACAUGGGUAAGCGACUGAAUACUGUUGCGCGCGCGACGCAGCACAGCGACGAGUUUCAGCAGGCGCUCGCGCACAUGCAAGCAGCGGCUGCACAGCGAAUGCCCGACAUGCAUGGCCCCGCGCCCGCGCCCACGCCCGCCCACCGACGCCCACAGCCAGCGCUCGCGGCCUUUACGCCCAUGGUCAAGCUGCGGCCCAGCCAGGCACUCGACCUGCCCGUGGCGCUGCAGGAUGCGCUGCGCCACGCGGGCAUGUCGUUCAACCACGACAGCGUCGAAAGCCUCCAGGACGCGCUGAUGCAGACGCAGCUCGAGCGCAGCAGGAAGCUGCACGACCACUACGAGUCGGCGGCGGCGGGCGCGCACGACGGGCUUGCCGAGCACUCGAGCAGGGCGGAUGCCGACCAGGACGUCAUCCUGCGUGCCCUGUACAGACACGCGCCGUUCCAGACUGUCAGGCUAACCAACGCCAAGCUGGACGCACAGCUGAGGGCCAUGGAGGCAGAGCUCGAGGAGCGCGACGGCGAGCUGCUCGAGGCCGAGGGCAGCGAGCUGACCAUGGACGACGGCAGAGUGCGGGCGUUUGUCGCCAGGUACGGCAGAUAGGCCAGGCUGGCUGCGAGCCCGUCGAGGAGCAUAUCCUGCUUGUAUAUGCCGGGGCGCGGGGCGCGUGCGGCGCUGGUGUUGUGCUGUCCAGGGGCGCUGGCAUGAUGAUGCCGGCGAGGCGUGGGGCUGGGCACCACACGACGCCUGGCAACGCGUUGUUUACAUGUACACACAGUACACAGAUAGAGGCAUGCAUGCAUACAUAGAUA